AUGCCUGAUAGUAUAAGUCUUGAAAGACGUAUGGUAGUGAUGGCUUUCGGAGCUGAGGUAGUACUUACAAAUGGUGAGGAAGGACUGAAAGCAGCAACAGCGAAAGCGAAGGAACUUGCGAAACGUAUUCCCAAUUCAUAUUUACUUAAUCAGUAUAAAAAUGCAGCUAAUCCUGAAGCACAUCACGAUACUACUGGUCCAGAAAUUUGGGAACAAACUGGAGGCAAAGUUGAUAUUGCUGUCUUUGGUGUUGGCAGCGGAGGUGUUUUGACAGGAGUAGGUCGGUACUUGAUGGAGAAAAAUCCAAAAGUUGAGAUUAUUGCUUGUGAGCCUGAUGAAGCGGCUGUUUUGUCGGGGGAACGUUUUCACCCUCAUAUAAUCCCAGGGAUGGGAGCAGGAUUUGUUCCAACUGUUUUGGAUACAACACUAUACAAGAGAGUUCUGCGCAUUCGCUCAGAGGAUGCGAUGACGAUGACUCGUAGACUCGCCACUGAAGAAGGACUUUUAGUCGGGAUCUCAUCUGGAGCAAACGUUUGUGCAGCAUUAACGCUCGCUAAAGAACCGGAGAAUAAAGACAAAUUAAUUGUAACGAUCUUGGAUAAUUUUGGUGAACGCGAUAUUUCAUCUCCAGUGUACGCCGAUGUUCGUGAAAAAGCAUUGAGUUUAAAAGUGGAGAAGACUGAGGAAACUCUGCUUCGGACGCCGUACCUCUCAUAUUGA